GCCAUGCCCUGGCCGCGUAUACAUCUUACCAACAUUUCGCCCCGCUCUGAGCUCUUCUUCUUCUUUCCCCAUCACUAGUUCUGUUACUUAGUUCAAAGAACUUCGCACGUCCAAGAGUAAGCUCCACAUCUUCCAGUGGACGGGGCUUCUCAACACCUCAACGCUCCGCCAACAUCUAUAACACCACCCCACGAUGACUAUUCGAAGUCAAACACCACAGGCUGGCCUCGUGCCCGCGCCGCUUUCAAAAUCAAACCCUCCCUAUCCAUUAACACCCGCUGAGGAGCAUCUACCCACCAUUCCUUCGACUUCCGGGAACAAUGCCCACGCGCCAAACCACAACCCAUCUCCAGCGUUCAACUUCAUAACACCGGAGGAAGCCAACGGCCCAAAGGAUACACGCGAUGACGUGUCAGAUUACAGUGACGACGAAGACUGGGACAGGUCUGACGACGACGACGAUUUCGAAGAUAUCGACCACAAGUACGUACCUGAUGCGCUAAAGCCGGCAAAAGGCAAGUCGCCCCAGGAUGUUACCACCACGAAUAGCACAAACAGAUCGAGCGGUAUUCCAGAUGCUUUGAGGGCCGGGCCACCUGCAGGAGUGCCUAUUAAAAAGUCAUUCGAAUCGAUGUCGUCGAUGCCUGCAGGGGCUAAUGCUGCGUCAUGGGGCAGCGUGAGUAACAUCUCGGAACUAUCAAACGGUUCGGUGCCGCUGCAGACAAACAACCCAUAUCUCAAGAUGCAGGCGACUGGGCAGAGCAAUUUCGGUGCCGACAACAGUCAAUCUGUAUGGGGAGAAAGCAGCCAGCAAGCUUGGGGAGGGUCGCAGGCACACCCUCAAGUGCGCAAUGACCCAGUGGAGCUACCUGCUCAUGACUUCGCCAAGUUGAAGCUGGACAGCCAUGCGCCUUUGCAAUCAAAUUUGAAAUCCUCCGGUCUCCCACCAACCAUUGCCGUAGAGUCAGCGACCCCACAACACGAACAUUUCGGACAAAACUCGACUGUCUCUGAUCCCUGGAACCAACCGACGAGUGCCCCAUCGGCGGAAUCUACUCAAACAAGCCAUGUACCCGUUCAACACAGUCAACCGACUGACCAGAAUGUAUGGCAGGAUCAGCAACACUGGGGAACGGGCGGGCAGGAAGCAAAGCAGCUGCAAGAAUUGAACGCUGCGCAAGAAGUUGUAGCCAAGGCAGAACAGCAACAGGAGCGAGAAUAUGUGCCAUCCCACGUUCAUGAACAAGCACCUCCGUAUACUGCCCCGCAGUCACCUUCACCGCACACAGGUGACCAACCUCCAACUCUGCCACCGCGGAGGUCGCAUGAGGAUCAACAACUACCUUCACUUGAGACUGGCGUCGUCGGCGCUGCCUCCAACUCUGUUCCGGAAUCACCCACUACGGCUAUGAACAGACAGAGAAAGGAGAAUUAUCAGAUCAAGCAAAUCCGAUGGCACGACGUUAAUAAACAAGGCAUCCGGACUUCGCCAAUCCUUACCCAAAAUCUCAACGGUCCCUGCCCACUGCUUGCUCUAGUCAACGCACUUGUGCUCUCAACCCCGUCUGGCGUUGAGACCGCAUUAACUGAAACGCUACGUACGCGAGAAACAGUCAGCCUGGGCUUGCUACUUGACGCUGUUUUCGAUGAGCUCAUGUCAGGGCGACGAGGCGAAGCAGCGCAAGGGUUGCCAGACGUCAGUGAUCUCUACAAAUUCCUCCUUGCUCUACACACAGGCCUCAACGUAAACCCUCUGUUUGUGCCUGAAACAGAUGGUUCCCCUGAUAAUACCGCGCUUACCAACCGGUCGACCGGUCAAGGCGGGGGCUUCGAGAACACGCAUGAUAUGAGAUUGUACCGAACCUUCGACAUCCCCCUGAUGCAUGGAUGGCUGCCUGAAGCAGGAUCCGAGGCAUACAGCGCAUUUGACCGAGUAGCCAAGUCGUAUGAGACUUCGCAGUAUGUGCAGUUCCAGGAAGAAGAGCUCGACGCGAAGCUGCAGUCUGGUGAACCUUUGACUGCCAGCGAACAACAGAUGUUCACGGACAUUCAUGCCAUCAAGGAAUUCCUUGAUCGAUGGCCGACUCAGCUAACAGACUAUGGGCUGAAGGUUAUGCGAGAUGGUAUCCAGCCGGGCCAAGUCGCGAUCUUGUUCAGAAAUGACCACUUCUCGACGGUUUUCAAGGAUCCCCGCACAAACCACCUCGUCACACUUGUGACAGAUCAAGGUUAUUCUAGCCACGACGAGAUUGUAUGGGAGUCGCUCGUUGAUGUUAAUGGCCAAGGAAGUGAGCUCUACUCAGGCGACUUCCGCCCGGUUGGCAACAGCGCUGCACCUCCCCAGCCCCAAGAGCGACAGCAAAUCGAGAACGUACUGCACGUCGACGACAAUCAAGACUGGACGACCGUUCAGUCUCGUCGCGGGAACCAGCAACAGACGUCCUCGACUCCCAACGCCAAUCUACAAAACUCCGAAUUGCCUUCGCCAAUGGAGCGUAGCCGGGCUGAGCAAGAGGACCACGAUUUGGCCUUGGCGCUUCAACUUCAAGAGGAGGAAGAUGAGUCGCGAAGACGCGAUACAGAACAACGCCAACGCGAAAACCAGCUUUCCGAAAACGCUAUCGCAGAGCAAUCUCAAGCUCGACCUGGCAACCGUCGCACUUCUCGAGGGGAGGCUCCGCCUGUGAUCCCACCACGACGUAACAACCAAACAACAUUCCGCCCUAGCAAUGAACCUGCACCGCCCCCAACAUACGAGGAAGCCUCGACGAUCCCGCAGUAUCACCCCCCGCAGGGCCAUCCCGCGAAUCCUGCCGCACCGUUGACGCCGCAGGGUAGUGCAUACCAAAGCAACAGCAUGCCGUCUUCAGGACGAAGGCAUUCUGGACGUCCACAGGCAGUUCCGAAUACAUCGCCAGGUCGAAUAGGCAGACGUCACAGUGGAGGGCCCGGACAGAUUGGGAACGGAAAUGGAAACGGAAAUGGACAUGAAGAGAGAGACAAGUGCGUUGUCAUGUAGACACGCAGCUCUUUCGUCGUUGGUUCUUUUGCUUGUGCUAAUGCGAUUUGGCGUCUAGGACACGCGUGACCCCGCACUGCCAUGCUUGCGUUGCAAGCUGAUGGAGUUUUAUCGUGCUUCGGCGCGGAUUAUACCCUUUUUCGUCAUGUUUGUGUGUUUGCGUGUGGUGGGCUAGUGCGAGGUUGGGAUAGGUUGGGGGAGUCCAGGUGGUAGACGUUAUGUCUCAUGAUGUAUUUGAAUUAAUGAUAUGAUUAUGCU